AUGGAGAAGGAAUCCUCGACGGUGGCCACGACGGCGGAGUUCGUGCUGCAAUGCGCCGACCCAUCUUCCCUCCAAAGCCUUCGAUCGCCAAUGCUCCUCGGCCCGCUGGACCAGUGCUCGCUGCUCGCCAUCCCCUUGGCCGUCGUCUUCGUGUACCGUCAGAAGCCGGACGCAACCCGGGAGCUUAUCCCCAUCGAUCGACUUCGAGCUGUGCUAAGCCGCCUGUUGGACUACUACCCGCAGUUAACCGGUCGCAUCGUCAUCGACCCGAAGGGCCAGAGACCGCAGAUCGAGCAGCUCGGCACAGGGGCGAAGCUGCUUUCGGCACAGUGCAGUGAGCCGCUCAAGGCGUUCGAGGUCGUGUCUGAAGACGACAACCCAGGCUCAACACCUCGGCUGAUCGGCACGAACUUACCUGGCAGGGGCAAUGCGCUACUGCCGUCUUUCGACCCGACGGAGGCUGGGGCGGCGCGUGAUGCGAUCCUGACAGUGCAGCGCACACGCUUCGCCUGCGGCGGAGUGUCGAUCGGUAUCCGCCUCCGCCACAUCGUGUGCGACGCCGCGGGGUUCUUUCAGCUCGCGAGAGACAUGGCAGAGUUGUAUCGCGGCGUCAGAGACCUCGAAUUGGGUCAAAGCUCCAUAAAUGCGACACUGUUGAGCUCGCCCCCGGAAAUUCACGCGUACAUGUCUGAGCUGCAGAUGUCGCUCGAGGAGAGACAAGAAGCUCUUCAGAUUAAACCGACGCUGUUUGAGCUCGCGCCAGAGUCGCAGUCCACAGUGAGCAGCGAGACGGUACCUGUGGCAAACGUCGUGCCUGUCGUCGGCAAGAUUCUGCGGUUUUCUUCGAACGAGCUCGCUGCUAUCAAGACUGAGGCCAAUGCUGGCGAUACCGACCGCCCAGUGUCAACGUUCUGCGCUCUGGCGGCCCACGUGUGGCAGAACAUCUUUCGCGCGCGAGUGAGCUUGUGUGAAUCUCAGGGAAUGCGCUCAGAGGAGGCAGAACUGCACGCCCCACGGCAAUUCCUCGCUUCCGUUGACCUGCGCAGUCGCGGCCAACUGAAGGUAUCGCCGCGGUAUUUCCCGAACUGCGUGCUUUGCCCCGUUUUCUCGCUAUCUGCCUCGGAACUACGAAACGCUCCAUUGUCUAGCAUCGCCGUCGCGGUUCGUGACGGAGUUCAGCCCCUGGAUCCAUCCGAAGUGGAGCAGAACUUGCGUUGGCUCGCUGCCCAGCCCGACAAACAGCGCGUGAGACUUUGUUACCGCUACGAAGAAGGCGGCGUGAUGGUGAGCCAGUGGAACAAGUUUGGCAUGUACCGAGGUACCGAGCUCGACGUCGCGCCAGCACUUGUAGCUCAGCCGUUCACGCCAAUCUCGCUCAUUGACGGGCUGAUGUACUUAAUGGCGACCGAGGACCAAGUCGAUCAAGCUGAGGAUUUCACAACAGGUGACGGCAUUGUGUACAAGCGCGACCAGUUCUGGAACAAGAUAGCUACGAUUCCGAGCCAGACCAGCGUCCUUCUGUUAUGUGGGAAGCUGGACCCCCAAACUCCCCACAAGUUCGCUGAAUCCCUGUUCAAUGUGCUCGUUGGGAAGAAUAAGGAGCUCGUCACCUUCGACUUCGCCCCGCACGGUGCCGUGACGUCGAGGCAAAUGGUCGCUGGCGAUCCGUGGAGUGAAACCUGCGGCAUGAAAAUCCUUGCGUCGUAUGUGCGGAAUGGUGGGGACCUUCAACGUAUGGACAAGUCGUGCGUGGACCAGAUGCCCGCGUUUAACUUGACGACGCACGAGUUCUACCUGCAAGCCUUCAUGAGCACGGAUGACGCCUACGAGGGUGCCUUCAACUCCAGCUUGAGUUCAUAG